AAGUAUUGAAUGAUACUGAAAUUAUUGAAUUAGUAUUAGCAGAGCAGCAACUAAAAGAACAAGAUUCUGAUGAUUCAGAUGAAGAAUCUUUAAUAAUUCCAGCUUCUGAAAAACUAGCAGGUCUAAAAAAAUUUGUAGAUUUUUUUGCGCAACAAAUAGAUCCAAAUUUUAAAUCAGAAGAUCUAAAUAUUUUUCAAAAAUAUUUAUCUAUUAUGAGAUGUAAAGAUGUAGAAUCAAAAAAACAGA